AUGGAGGAAAUGGCCUCGCGUAUCCACAGUCUCGAGAAUUCUCUUGCAAGGGCGACACAUGAACAGGAAGCAAGCCGCUUUGGUCCACUGGCCUCCAACUCUGAAACCCCAGAUACUGCAUCUCCAGCGCAGUCCACAAGAUCGACCCGCGCUGCCAACUUGACCGGACGAUCUGUGGAGGAUGUGCUUGUCCAGAAAGGCUCGACAAGUCAAUACUUCAAUGAAAUCCUCCUGUCCAGGGUUAUAGAAGAGGAACACAGCAUUGAGUCUGUCUUGACAACUCCGCAGAUGACGGUGUCAGCAUACCCACCAAUCUCUCCCUUCAAUGCCUUGGGAAUACUCUCCUCACCCAACCCCUCUCAGCCACUUUCAAGUUUCCAUCCGCCCAAAUCAGUGGCUGUGCGACUGUGGAACAUUUAUAUGAACAAUGUGGAUGGUUAUGCAGGGACGAAAUUACUGCACAUCCCGACGCAUGAGGUCAAGGUCUAUGCCACCAUUGAUAACCCCACCAAAGCGUCUUUUGAACAUCAUGCCCUGUGCCUGGCCAUAUAUUUUGCCGCAGCGGUCUCCCUUGACGAAGGGGAGGCUGAAGCGAUACUGCGGCAGGAUAGGUGUGCGCAACCACUGAGCUUCAAGAUUGGACUCGAACAGGCUUUCGCUCAGGGCGAUUUUCUGGACCGUCCGACCUUGACUGGACUCCAUGCUUUGGCAAUAUAUCUGUCCGCACUUCGUGUCCACAACCGCGGCAAAGGGAUCUGGAUUUUAAAUGGUCUUGCAAUCCGUAUAGCCGAGUCACUAGGUCUACAUCGCGACGGAGAACGACUUGGCCUCACUCCCUUUGAAUCCGAGAUCCGUCGUCGUCUGUGGUGGCACCUGCUCGCCCGCGAUGGCCGUGCAGGCGAGGACUAUGGUCUCGAAGACACGAAAGGCUUGUUGCUGGCGUCUGAUGUCAAGCUACCCCUUAAUAUCGACGACGCGGAUCUCUAUCCAGAGAUGGAAGAACUGCCCAAAGCCAGACGGGGAUGGUCAGCCAUGACUUUCUCGCUCAUCAGCAUCGAUCUGGUUAAGGCAAUGCAAAAAUUGGCGGCCAUUGCCUCAUCCUCGUCACCUUCAUCCUCGCCAAGUGAGGCCGAUAGAGCACAAAUCAUGCAGGAGACGAGAGCACAAAUCGAGGAGCGAUUGGCGCUGUGUAAUCCAGUGAUUCCCAAACACCGACUGACAGUACAAUGCUCACGUUUCGUAUUUCGAAAGCUGGACUUCGUCACGCGACAACAGUGGCUGCUAAUGCAACAUCCCCGCGGCCCACGCGCACACUUUGCAACGGACGAGUCCCUCUUUGAGGCACUGGAGGUGUUGCAACCGAGGCUCGUCAACGACGAUGAUCUGUUGACGCAAUUCGCCUGGGCCAAGAAGGCUUACCCACAAUAUCAUGUGACGAUGUACAUUCUGUGGCAUUUGUGCGUCAAGCCGGAAGGUCCGAUUGUCGACAGGGCAUGGCAGGCGGUAGAUACUCUGUUCUCGGGCGAGCUCUGGGACGAAGUCACUUCGGGAUUUGGAUCAAAAUCAGCCGUGCUGAAGGCCCUUCGAGCCAAAGCCAUAUCCGUGAGGGAGAAAGUCCGGAGCCGGAAUGCAGAGUGGACUGCGAGCAAUAGCGACACUGGCCCGAACUUCGAGGCUGGAGAAGGUCCGUCGGUGGGUGCAACCGUCCUUACAGAUUUUGUCGGCGAUAUGAGCAUCGAUGGAUUCGGUUUCGACAUUGACAGUGAUGAGUGGCCAGACUGGACAACGUUGGCACAGGGGUUCCAGCCUGAUGAUCAGGCAUUCUCGUGUGGUUCCUGGGAUAGAAUGUGA